AUGGAGGUCAGCAGCGAGCCUCAGGCCAGCCCAAGCUGUUGGUCGCCCACUCGGAUCUGCUCCAGGGUCUCGGUGUCCAAGGAACUGCUGUCAGCGGGGAGCGAUGGCCGUGGAGGGAUAUGGGAAAAGUUGCUCAUUAACUCCCAGACUAAUUCUAGAAAAAAACCCACUCUUCAAACAGUUCGGAUAGAGAGGAGUCCCUCAUUGGACCGAGUACAGACGUUUCUCCCACAGAUGGCCCAGGCAAAUGAAAAGCUAAGAAAUGAAAUGGCAUCUGCACCACCUGAUCAUUUCAAUAUUGAAAAUAUUAAUUCUCUUGGAGAAGUUAUACAAAUGGAUGUAGCCUUGUUUGAGAUGAAUCAGUCAGAUUCAAAAGAAGAGGAGAGUUCACAAGGUAGUUCAGAGAACACUUUGGAAUCUGAAGAUGAAGAUGACAGCAUCUCUCAUGAAGUCAUCGUAGACAACAUUAAGCUUCCUAAUUCUGAUGGUGGAAAAGGCAAGAUUGAAGUUUUGGACAGUCCAGCAAGUAAAAAACAGAAGCAGUGAAAUAAAUUAUCUGAGAAGAAA